AUGAUGAACUUCAGCUGCAUACUGUCUUUACUCUGCAGCUUAAGUUGGAUCUGUAUGUCAGUUUGUGAGUUUCACACGGUGAUGGUUGAGCCUGGUGAAGAAGUCACACUGCAGUGCUCCAAUCGUAGCAGCUUUCCUUCUCACUUGUUUUGGUUUAAACUAACCAGUGAACCCAACACCAGCUGCAUCUCAUCUAUGUUAACUUCUGAGUCUAAUUUUAUCUUAUAUGAAGGAUUUCAACAUGACAAAUUYAAUAUGACUUCCAACACCACAAAUGUUUUUCUGCACAUCAAACAAGUGCAUUCAUCUGAUUGUGGACUGUAUUUCUGUAGUGUUAAAGUUGAGGUAACCCCCRGAGUCUACACAGCAACAUAUUUACAGGUUAAAGAUAUGAAUGCUGAAUCAACAAAUGUGCUGAAUGUGAUCCUGGGUGGUGCCGUUUUAUUUCUUGUAAUUAUCAUCAUCAGUUUGGUCAUCAGAAUCAGGAGCUUUCACACAACUCAAACUGAUACACAAAGUGUACAGAACAAUGAGAAUAAGGUCACACCCAAGGCAUCAACAAGRGGUGUGCUCCUGGGGCGGAGCUUCUGGGGGUGCUGGGAGGGCGGCACGCACUCGGCCGGGGUUGGGGCCCAGAGGGAGAGUCUGGACCCUGUCGGGCCCAGAGAGAGAUAG